UCUUUCGCACCACGCGUUGCCCGUGGUACGGAACCGGCAAGGAGAAGCAACGUCACAUAGCAGACGAACGACACAAAAUCGCGGCGUCCGUAGCGCAGAAAACCCCCAAGUGGUGCGGCGGAGCCCGAAGAAGCGAUUACAGCAGGAAAGAUGGCGGACGAUCCGAGCGCGGCGGACAGGAACGUGGAGAUAUGGAAAAUCAAGAAGCUGAUCAAAAGUUUGGAGGCAGCCAGAGGGAAUGGUACCAGUAUGAUCUCCCUCAUCAUCCCGCCCAAGGAUCAGAUCUCCAGAGUGUCCAAGAUGUUGGCAGACGAGUUUGGCACGGCCUCCAACAUCAAGAGCAGAGUGAACAGGCUCUCCGUGCUCGGAGCCAUCACCUCUGUACAGCAGAGGCUCAAACUCUACAACAAAGUUCCCCCUAAUGGUCUGGUGGUGUACUGUGGUACCAUCGUCACGGAGGAGGGCAAGGAGAAGAAAGUCAACAUUGACUUUGAGCCUUUUAAACCCAUCAACACCUCUCUCUAUCUCUGCGACAACAAGUUCCACACCGAGGCGCUGACAGCACUGUUGUCCGACGACAGCAAGUUUGGCUUCAUUGUUAUUGAUGGUAGCGGCGCACUCUUCGGGACCCUGCAAGGGAACACCAGGGAGGUGCUACACAAAUUCACCGUGGAUCUCCCCAAGAAGCACGGCAGAGGAGGGCAGUCUGCGCUGCGUUUUGCCCGUCUGAGGAUGGAGAAGCGGCACAACUAUGUGCGGAAGGUGGCGGAGACAGCGGUGCAGCUCUUCGUGUCCAACGAUAAGGUCAACGUGGCCGGCAUGGUGCUGGCCGGCUCUGCCGACUUCAAGACCGAGCUCAGUCAGUCAGACAUGUUCGACCCGAGGUUACAAGCGAAAGUGUUAAAGCUGGUAGACAUCUCGUACGGAGGAGAGAACGGCUUCAACCAAGCUAUCGAGCUAUCCGCAGAAGUGCUGUCCAACGUCAAGUUUAUCCAGGAGAAGAAACUCAUUGGGAGGUAUUUCGACGAGAUCAGCCAGGACACGGGGAAGUACUGCUUUGGCGUGGAGGACACCCUGAAGGCCCUGGAGAUGGGCGCCGUAGAGAUCCUCAUCGUCUACGAGAACCUGGACACCAUGAGAUACAUCCUGAGACUCCACGGGGCAGAGCAGAACAACAGCCCAGAGAAUGAUGAGAAAACCAUUUAUUUGACACCUGAGCAGGAGAAGGACAAGUCUCACUUCACAGACAAGGAGACAGGACAGGAGCACGAGCUAAUAGAGUGCAUGCCUCUGCUGGAAUGGUUCGCCAACAGCUACAAGAAGUUCGGAGCCACGCUGGAAAUUGUCACGGACAAGAGCCAGGAGGGAUCGCAGUUUGUCAAAGGCUUUGGUGGAAUCGGCGGGAUUCUGAGGUACAGGGUGGAUUUCCAGGGCAUGGAGUACCAGGGAGAUGACGAUGAAUUUUUCGAUUUGGAUGACUACUAGGUAGUCGGGGACUGACAUGGGGGAGACGAAAUAAAGAAAGAGAAUGGAUGAAGAAGAAAUUAAUUGAAGAAACGUGGAGAGCUAAAGAGAGCGAGAGAGAGAAAUAAACAAGUCUCUCAGUAGGGAGAGACUAUGGACCCCUUAUCAACUGCAAACACUCACACAGAUACACAUAUUUACAAGUACAUAUGCUGAAGAGGAGCGGCUGCCUGCCAAGCAUACGGAGAGGAAGAGAAAAGAGAGAGAACCCAGUCAUGAGUAACAAAGUUUAACGCCCCAGCCUUAGAAUACUCUGGAUUGAACUCGCCUUUUUAGUUCAAUGUAUCAACUUUUUGUUUAUUUGUUUUCUUUUUUUCUCUUUUAAAAAAAAAAAAGAUUAAAUAUUGCAACAGCACGUGCCCAAAAUACUCAUGACCCCCGCACCCACCACCACUCAUCUGGAAAAAUGUUGGACUUGCUCCUCUUAUACAGAAAUAUAUAUAUUAUAUAUUAUAUAUUUUUCUUUAUGUCCCUCCUCCCUUGACAGGUUCUUCUGUUCCCCAUUGGUUGUUUUUUUGCAUUUCUAUUUCCAUCUCUCUCUUUUUUUACAGGCAACCAAUGCUGCUGUAUUUUAUGAUUGUUAAGGAUUUUUUUUUCUCUUUUUUUUGAUUUUGUUUAUUUUUACCUGGUUUUCUGUAGCGAAUGGGGGACAAAGAAGUAUUAAAUUUGAACUGCUUAACAAAAAAAAACCAAAACAUACAAUUGUUCUUCAUCUACUCCUGUUUUACCCCCCACUCUCCUUCUCCCAACUGCCUCCUCCUUUCCCUCUCUCAACUGGAUGGCUUGCCAGCAAUGCUGCAUGACCAAUGAAACGGAAGAGUGAGAUCUUCUCUGUCCAACCAACAAGCAGUCUGUUGACAAUCCUGAGCUCGUACAGAGGGAAGCCCAUUAUGUGAAUACUCAUUACCGUAUGUAGCUGGCGAUGCAUAGCAGAAAUAAUGGGGAAUCAGCUAUGUUUCAAUGAAAUGCAUUUCAAGUGUGCUGUUCCCUGAACAAAUUUGAUUUUUUGCUGUUUUCAUUUUGAAGGUGCAAGGGUUCUAUAAAAAUAAUUCAGAUAUGACGUAUGUGGUUGUUUUUAUGCUCACUUACUUGGGUGGGUGAUGUGUGUAUUUGGGUGAGUCAAACUGUGUGCCUGCUUCACAAUAUGUCAACAUUGAACUUGAUUGUGAAAUGAAUGGUUUUAUUUUUUGUCUGUUUGGAAUAUUGGAAUGUUAAGCCAUCCAAUUAAAAACAGGCACUGCUUUUUAUUUGAAGUAUCA